UUCCAGAAGCACCUGCCCCUUGGGAACGUCUGCCUCCAACUGCAGAGGGACCCAAGUGAUUCUCUCACUCACGCAGGGCUUGUUCAGCUGCCUUGGAGUCCCAUGCCCCACCUGUCGUUCCCCGGGGAUCAUGUCCUUCCCAACACUUUUCUUUGGGAAGAAGCUUCUUUUGCUGCUGCCUCUACUCAUGUGCUUUACAUCCAGAGUUGGGGGAAAGAUCUUCGGACGCUGUGAACUGGCCCACUUAUUGAAGGUGUCUGGCUUGGAAGGUUACCGUGGAUACAGUCUAGCUGACUGGGUCUGCUUGGCCUUCUAUGAGAGCCACUUUGACUCGGCAAUUGUGGACCACGAAGCUGACGGCAGCACCAGCAAUGGCAUCUUCCAGAUCAACAGCCACCUUUGGUGUGAAGAUUACAAACACUUCCAGCCAAACUUCUGCAAAAUGCAUUGCAGCGAUCUGCUGACCAGUGACAUCAAGGAUGACAUUGUCUGUGCCAUGAGGAUAGCACAAGGACCAAGAGGCCUAGGAGCAUGGAUGGGUUGGAGGGAAAAUUGCGAAGGCCUUGAUUUGUCUGCCUGGUUGAAAGGAUGUAUUCUGUGAGAGAAUAACAAGGAGGACAGAAAGGCGGCUGUGGAAGGGCUGGGCGCCGGAUGUGUGGCUUGCGCCCUGCGACUACUGCCUUCCUGGAGCUAAAUAGUGCUGCAUGAGUAAACUCUUUUAAAGCUCUCAGCUGGGCCCUGCAGUGGGGAGAGUGAUUGUAACUUGGACAAUGAGAACCAAAUCUUGUGCUAUAAAAAUAUUUCUUCAGA